CCGCUGCAGGGGCCGCCGCGGGGAUGCCGAGCGCCGGCGCCGCCGCUCUCCACUGCGCGCUGCUCGGCUGAAGGCGCACAGGACUCAAUUACUGGAAUUGUCAACUCUGCCAACUUAAGUGCACAGUUCUCUUCCACUAUGAGCAGAUCAAUUGUGUCGCACUUGUGUCUGGCUGUCUGUAGCCUCCUACUUCUCAACUUUGCCACACAAUGUCUGGCCUUUCCCAGGAUGGAAAGAGGGGAGAUAGCCCUUGUUCAUGAUGACGAAGGGCAGUCUGAGAGGAUGGACACUGAUGACCUAGAAAAUAGCUCCAUUACUUCAGAGUAUACAUCCCAACUGGUGGUCUCCGAGGAUCCAAUGUUAGUAUUAACAGGACCCUCAGCAGUCCCAUUAAAUACAGUAUUUUCUGUUAACAGAGAAACCCAGCUCAUGGAAGCUGGGCUCAUGCAGCCUAGUAGCCCUGGUGUUUUCACUGCUACUGGGCCAGCAGGGGAAGAAGUGUUUGGUUCCAGCCAGCCAGAGAGAGUGUCUCCUGGAAACCGACUUUCCAAGGCCACGUUAACCAACCCUGUCACCGCGACUGUUUCUCUGAAUGUUGAUGAGAAAGAGGAACCCUUCAGUAGGGUUCCCUUCAGGAACCCUUCUACAAUUCAGCCUAUUGUAGAAGUGACCACAGAAGCAGCUCAAGGUUUUCUGAAGUAUGUGGAUACUCAAUUGUUUGCAACUGAAAGUCAGGAAGGAGUUAGUUUGGGAUAUUUACCUUCAUCCUAUGUGAAUACUCAAGAAAUGCUAACCACCAAGCCACGGACUGAGAAAUUUGAAGUAGACACAAAAUAUAGGACAACUUCUUUUCCUGUUGCUGAACCCACAGUUGGCACUGAGCUUGGAAACCUCACACCAAAUAUAGAGAUGCCUUUACAGAUGACAGCUGAUAACACCCAGGGUUCUGCCACUAAGCUCUGGCUUGCAACCCCUGAGUACACCUUGAGUGUUAAGCCGGAAACUGACAGCCUGCUGGGAGCCCCAGAAGUCACAGUGAGUGUCAGCACAACUGUUCCAGCUGCCUCUGUCCUAAGUGAUGAGUGGGAUGAUACCAAAUUAGAGAGUGUAAACCAGAUAAAGACCACAGAGCUUGGAGACAACACAGAGACUCAGGUGGGAAUGGAAACAUCUCAGACAGCACAAGUAACUGAUACCAGGAUGGAAGGGGGUGAGCCUUUGACAGAGGCUGCAGAGGGGACCCAGGGGCUGCCUGAAAGGGAAACACACACAGGGACAGCCCUGCUUGUAGUGAAUGGGGAUAACAGAGCGUCUGCCUUCUCAGAUCAAAGUUCCUUUGCUCCCACGAGUCCAAUGGAAGACAUGAAAGUUUCUGUUGUAAGUCUGCUCCAAAAUACGGGAGACUUCGUGGAAUCCACCAAAGAAAGCAAUACCAUGUUUUUCUUAGAGACCACUGUUUCCAUCUCAGAAUAUGAGUCUGAGGUCUAUCAGUCAUUGGAAAAUACAUUUAAAGACAUUAUCACCCAAGAGAUGACAACAGCUGUUCAAGAAGCAGAAGCCACUUUAUCAGCUGUGACAGAAGAGCAGCAGGUUUCUACCCUCGGGGUUACCAAAGAAAAUGGCGACACUGAGGAAGGAAAGGAGCCCCCCUCUGCCACAUCUUAUGUUCCUGGUGUUACGCAGCUGUCGAGACAAAGGGAGCCUCUGGCCACUGCAAUUUCUACUACAGCCGUGCCUCUUUCUUUCCAAGUCACUCCUGCUGUAGAAGACCCAAUGGACACAGUCACAAGGCCAAGUGAGGAGUUCUUCACACCAAUCGUAGGCCCUCCCAUGACGCCCCCUGGAAUCACAGAGGAGGCACUCAGCAUUUCCCAAUGGGCAUCUUCUGAGGGAAGAACUGAUGUUCCGUCCGUAAGCCGUGUUAAUACAGCUGCCUCAUAUAGUCUGGACCAACUCGAAUCUGAAGAGGGAGAAGAUGAAGAUGAAGAGGAUGAGGAGGAGGAAGAGGAGGAAGAGGAGGAUGAGGAUGAGGAGGAUGAUGAUAAAGAUGGAGAUGCUCUGGAUGAGCGCCUCGAUGGUGACCCUGAGCUGCCUGGGUUCACACUCCCUGGCCUCACAUCACAGGAACCUGGCUUAGAGCAGGGAAAUGAGGCUGUUGUGGAGGAAGCCACCUACCAGGCACCAGAUGCCAUUGAGUGGCAACAGCAGAAUCAGGGGCUGGUGAGAAGCUGGAUGGAAAAGCUAAAAGACAAGGCUGGUUACAUGUCGGGGAUGCUGGUACCCGUAGGGGUUGGGAUAGCAGGAGCCUUGUUCAUCUUGGGAGCCCUCUAUAGCAUUAAAGUUAUGAAUCGCCGAAGGAGGAAUGGCUUCAAAAGGCAUAAAAGAAAGCAGAGAGAAUUCAACAGCAUGCAAGAUCGAGUGAUGCUCUUAGCCGACAGUUCUGAAGAUGAAUUUUGAAUUGGACAAGAGUUUAAUCGGGCUAUUCAAUGAUGUUAUUAUUUUAUUUUUAUUUGCGGGCAAAAAAAAAAAAAAAAAAACAAACAGCAUCCUGCCACCUCGCCGCUGUCAGUUCAUCAUUCCCAUUAUCUGCUGGGUAGUAGGUUUUUCUUGUACUGAGCAGAAAAGGCAUGCUCUAUACUAAAUGUAAUAUGCAGUGUUUGUUUUUAUUCUGUAGUGAAUUUUCCAUCACCAUGGGCUACAAUGCAUAAAUACGCAGCAUACUUGUUCAGGGGGCGUUGCUAGAUUAGGUAGAGUUACUAUCUGGUGUUUUCCAAAGUGUCUUUUCCUUGGUUUGGAACACCUGUGUUAAUACUGAUUGUUGCUGCCAAGGCACCCUUGACUCUGAAAUAGAAAUCUUAACAAAGAGUAACUUGUGAUGGCUGGCUGCUCUCUACCUACUUGGUCAGGCUCAUGGGUCCUGGCACCUACUGCAUUUGCAUCAAAACUAGCAGCAACUUGGAAUGAAAUCCUUUUUGUCCAGAUCUCUCAGCACAUUAGGAUUAUAUAUAGAUCUGUAUGUAUCUUACAUUAUGUACUUCAGUCUCCUGGUUUUACUAUUUUUCACCUUCUGUUUUGUUCUCAUUUUUGGCAAGGAAAAACAUGCAUCAGAAAUAAUACAUUAUAUUGACCCUCAGUCCUAAUGUAAGCCUGCUUUCUUCAGCAGGGGAAUUAAGUCAAACAGACCUAUCAAUAGAUUUUUACAUGCUUAUCAUUAAGAGGUCUUCUUUUUUGUGACUUUGUGAAGAAGAAAUGAGGAAGAAAUCAAGAAUAAAAUGAGGGUAGGUAACAGCAGUGAGCAUUUAAAUGCUGCCAUUGGAUCUGUGCGUACAUGGCCGCUAGGCUGACUUAUUCAGAACAUAUUUGCUUUUCUAUAACCUUGGACUUGGCCAUGGGGUGAGUGGGUCACCAUUGUUCCUUAUUUAGCUUUAUUAGAAAAACAGACAGUUUGCAAGUCCUGCACAUGACUGAGCUUAUGAAACACCAGCCUCUCUGAGGGCAUCUCACUUCAGGGAUGUUGGACUGUAUUAGAUCAUUUCUCAUUUCCUUGGAAUGUAAUUCCUUGCCCUAUUGUUUGAAUCUGGCUAUUUGGGGCUUUCAGUCCAGUUUUGGGGUAAGGACUUGGCUCAUUUCCAUGGAAGAAUAAAGGUGACUAAUAAUUAACAUUUGCCCGUAGUGCUUUCCACUAGGGAAAACUUGUUCAUAUUUAUUAGAGCCUGUUCUACUGUGUUCGCGGCAAGUUGCAAAGUUAUUGCUUAUAGCUACUCUGACAUAUUUUUUCCCCAUUCCAUUUGACUAAAGACAAAACCGAAACAGGGUAGUUAGAUCAUUCUCUAAACUUACACUUGGAAAGAAUUAGGACUAGAGUCCACUUGGACUCAAAACUGUGAGCCUUUACAGUUCAGCACUUUUCCACAGACCUCGGAGAAAGCUGUGACAUUUCAAAGUCAGUCUUUAAAAGCAAGGUUCUUGGGAAAGAGCUGCUUGGUCAAGGAAUAUUUCAUGCAAGUUUCUGUUUGUGUCAAAUGAACAUCUUUCUAAUUUCUCUUAUUCAAGUCCUUUCCUCCUCCGCUUGUGCUAUUUCCUUUAUCAUCACAAAUUUAUCAUCAUAAAUUUAAGUAUUGUCUCUAGGGAACUAAUAAAGAAAGCUUUCUAGAAUCCACUCCUGAAUGAUAACUGGCUUACAAGGAUGUUUUCAUCAAAUAAUUUCAAUUCUUUUUGCCAAGAGAUGUACACAAAUAUGUGAAGUUGAUAAAAGAAAUGAAAGGUUCUGCAAAGUCAAAUAGAAAUUAGCAGUUGACAGACUCAAGAUCAGAUUUUAAAACUAGAAUUAAGAAUAGUGACCCUGUGUCAUAAGCAAUUUGUAAUUUCAUGAGUGGAGACAUCCUGCUAUCACAUUAGGGACGUUUUCCCUUGCAGUAAGUACUUUUCCCCUUGAAGUAAGCUUUUUCCCUUGCAGUAAGCUUACAGCAUUAAACAACUAAGUUUACAACAUUUAACAGCAAAACAAUAAAGCUUUCUAGAAAGAGGGGAAGAUAUCUGCAGCUUCAACUGAUGCUGCCUUCCCCUCUGAACUGAGUUUACACCCCAGAACUUCUGGCUGCUCCACUGCAGGGGCAGGGACUGUCUUCGUCUCUGAGGAAGAGGCAGUGUUUCCCAAGCUUGCUGGCUCAUCAGAAUCAUCUGGGGUACUUGUUAAACAUGUGGGUUCCAAGACUCUGCACCAGAUGCCCUGAAUCAGAAUUUCUAGGGGAGGAGUCUGGGAUUCCAUGCGGCAGGUUUGAAACACAACUAGCUAGGAGAGCAUCUUGGCAGAGAACAGCUUUCUGAUUAAAGACAGAAGGGAGAGCCAGCCGCUGAAGGGGGAGACCCUCUCCUCAGUUGGUUUUCCAAAGGUUCUCCACUGUCUGUCAUAGUGGAGAAAGAAAAUGAAAGGGAAAUGAAGAGCUUCUAGUAAAGUAGUAGGAUGCUGAGACAGAGGAGUUCCACUAAUGUAUGGUCCUGAUGUCUUUCCCUUUAAUCUAAAGACUGCUUUUCAUUUAAAAUGCUUUAGUUUUUGCUUCUCCCACAAACUGCUUGUUUAAGUAGCAGCUAACUAAAAUUAUAUGCAAUAUUUGGAGUGAGUUAAUAUCCCAGGGUUUACUGGAGCUUUUUUGCACAGCCCUUGGCUUGGAAGCAAACAGUCUCCAGACUCUGAAGAAAGCAGAACAAGAGAGCCCCUCCUUAAAUUUCUCCUAACUUUGCCCCAUCAUGUCCAUGGAGUCCUAUACAUUGGGCAGAGUGAAUCGUUGGGGUUAGCAGCUGGGCAGAGCCCACAAAGCCCAUUGACUUAUGGCCUUCACUGGGGUGUCUUAGAAUAACACCCAUUCCACACACUCACCAUCUUCUCCUGUGCCUUCAUUGAAAGGUUGAGGGUCACAUAGACGAAGACAUGGUGUGGCCAUCUGGGAUCUGAUGAGAGGAAGGAUUUGGUGGAUGUGCCUCUGAAACCACUGAUCCUAAGCCACUGAAUGACAUGCUCAGCUAUUUUUCUCUGUGUGUUGAUCCUAAACCAGAGCCAGCUGCCUUCGUAAUACGGCACCAACGCCUAGUGAUGGCAAACCGGGGUCCUUCACCUACUUACCUGUGUGCCAGUGAGCCUACUAACACAGGGUUUCUGGCCAGUUGUCACCCAGGUCCAGCCAGAAUGCCAGCUGCACAGUACCCAGGGGCUAAUUUGGACAUCCCUUUGAAAUGACUUCUACAAAAACUGACUGGGAUUGUCUGGUGUCCAACCUCACCUACCUGGUCCCCCAUUCUGCAUUUGAAGUGAUUUAAUCCAUCAAAGGAUUCAGGUUCCAGGGUCCCAAACCUCAGGACAAUGUGAAUACCUUUGUGAAUGCCUUCAGGCGCACAGAGUCAGAAAGUGUGCUUGGGGAUUGGACAGUGGCACCCCGGCUUUCCAAGGAGCCCUGGGUGAGGACUCACUACUCUGAGUCCUAACUUAUUCUAGACUUUGUUAGUCAUCCAGAAAAAGAGGAUGGCAGCCCCCAGCCCAUCUCAGAGGGUCCCUGUGGAGCAUCCAUGGCCUGGGAGUGUCAUCGACCCUGGAACAGCACAAGUUUGCAGUGCACUCAGAUCUGAUUCAAUAAAGAAGUUCUGUCUCCAUGGGCUUUUCAUGCCCAGAAUUCAGGUAUGAGGAGCCAGUGGAGUUGGAGGGGCCACUUUCAAGGAUGGAAGCUCCAGGAUCUCUAUGCAGGAUGGUGAUGGGGAGAUAGGGGAGAUAUCAGUGCUCCAACACUCUCCCACCCCCCUCCUAACACACUGUCAAGGGUCAGGUAUAUUUUGCAAACUCUAAAGCCACUUAUACCCUCACACUCAAGACUUUGGUCAUCAUGGGGAUCAAUCUCAGUCUGAAAGCUGAGAAGUUUUCACAGGGUGGCAAUGCCUAGUACCCACAUAUUGGGUCCUAAUGUGCAUUUGGGGUGAAAAGCACUGGACAACUUUCAAGAAGCCCAGGUAGGUGACAAACCUGGGCCUGAGAGGGAGAGAAAGACAGAGAAAGUGCUUCCUCCCCCAUCAUGGUCACAAGCGCAGGCACUGCUGGUAGUCAUUUCACUGGAGCCUCCAGGAUGCCCCUCCUCAUAUUGAAACGUUCCUGGAACUUUACUGAGGUCCACCAUCCAGGUACCUGCUGCUUACACUUCACUUGGAUGCAGUCUCUGGACUCUAAAGAUAACAGCACAAGUGAUCUCUUCCUCAAAUUUCCCCUAGCUUUCUGUAGGUAAUAAUCACCAAGUCCUUUGUAAUGGGCAGAACACAUCAUUGGGGCUAGCAACUGGGUGGAGCCCACGGAGCACUCAGAUUUCUGGCCCCUGCUGGGGGUGUCUUAGAAAACCCCCACCCCAGACACUGACCUCCUUGCCCUGUGCCAUUGCAAAUACAUUGAGGGGUCCAUCGAUGAAGAUAUGGUUGUAUAUCAACCUGGCGCUGGAUGGAGGCAAGGGUCUGGUUGAUCCACCUUUACCUUUAAGUCCAUUUUAAGUCACAGAAAGGUGUUAUGCUGAAUAGUGUGGGUUUAGGGCUGAGUUCAUGGGCAGAUUGGAUUGGCAAGGUUAAAGUGGAGUGAGGAACACCAGUCAAGAUCAGGUGCAGCAAUACAGAGGGGAGAUGACCUUGUGGUAGGUCCAUCUGCAGGAGUGAAUAUUGGUGGG